AUGCAUGUUCUUGCCACCCAAUGUUACCUCCCUCAUCCAGCCUGCAAGAGAAUAUACCAACGAAGAUAUCUGGACGAAGUUCUUGCGGUUAUAGAAGAAGAUGAAGAUCUUAUGGAAGACACACGAGGACAAAGAACUGUUAAUAACGUCAAGAACUACAACCUCAAGUCUGCAAUAUUCAACUUAGCAGCUUCAUGGAAGGCACUGAAGACUAUCACUCUAGCCAAUGCUUGGAAAAAACUUCUGUACAAUGUGGAGGUAGAAUAUGAUUUCGAAGGAUUCGAGGCAAGGGACUUUCAUCGUAUCCUUCAGAGGGCGGGCGAAAAUGAUGUCACAGAAGACAAGAUCAGAAACUGGCUAGAAGACACAGAGGGUGACCCUGGAUACCAACUCUUAACAGAAGAAGAAAUAGCGGAUGAAGUUCUCGUUGGUGACAGCAGAGAUAGUGAAGAUGAGGAAGACGAAGAACCAUUGCCCAAGAAACCCAAACUCUCUGUUAUACGAGAAUCCACUGAUAAUGUCAUUUCGUUCAUUGAAUUGUCAGCAGAAAGUGAUGAUGUUCAGCAUUACUAUCAACAUUUUAGAGCCUUUAGGGAACUCAUUAUCCAGAGGCAGUAUCAUCAAGGUAAACAAAUGAAGCAAGACUCAUUCUUCAAGCCAGUUCGUCCCAACCCUGCUGCAGCUGUUGAGCCUGCUGCUGACUCAGGCCAUCCUCAGUAA